AUUUAUUACAAAUAAAUAGAUCCAAAAAGAGAUAUUACUGCACACGGGAACGGCUCAUCUGCCCCGUGAAAACUGGGACGCCUUCGACCCGAUUCUGUUGUCUGAGGGACUGUUCGCCGCCGCAAACAUAUUCAGCUCAUUAAAGUUGGUCUACAUAUUCUCAGUGAACCCCCAUUUGGGACCCCUUCAGAUCAGUUUGGGCCGAAUGGUCAUCGAUAUCCUUAAAUUCUUCAGCGUUUAUACAUUAGUGCUGUUUUCGUUUGCCUGCGGAAUGAAUCAAUUGCUCUGGUAUUACGCCGAUAUGGAGAAGCAGUUGUGUAUUUCACAGCACACAAAAACGUCGUCCAAAAAUCACACUCUGGCCACCGAUAUGGCCACUCAACAUCCAGACGCAUGUUUUACAUGGAGACGAUUUGCAAAUUUGGGCCGAAUGGUCAUCGAUAUCCUUAAAUUCUUCAGCGUUUAUACAUUAGUGCUGUUUUCGUUUGCCUGCGGAAUGAAUCAAUUGCUCUGGUAUUACGCCGAUAUGGAGAAGCAGUUGUGUCUAAUACAGCAGAAAACACCCACGUUGUCCAAAAAUCACACCGAAAUGGCCACUCAACACCCCGAUGCAUGUUUUACAUGGAGACGAUUUGCAAAUUUGUUUGAAACGAUUCAAACACUGUUUUGGGCGAGUUUUGGUCUCAUAGAUCUCGAGAAUUUCGAAUUAGCAGGUAUUCAAAGUUACACCAGAUUCUGGGGCCUAUUAAUGUUUGGCUCGUAUAGUGUGAUAAAUGUGAUCGUCUUAUUGAAUCUGUUGAUCGCAAUGAUGAACCAUUCAUAUCAGAUGAUAAGCGAACAAUCAGAUAAGGAGUGGAAGUUUGCGCGAAGCAAACUAUGGAUGAGUUAUUUCAAUGAUGGUGAAACGGUUCCGCCGCCUUUCAAUGUCAUACCGUCGCCGAAGUCUAUUAUAUAUCUACUGAAAUGGUUUUAUAACAAAUUCUGCGGACAGACCCGCAAAGCCAAGAAUGAGGCCAUGAGGACAAUCAGAAGAAAAGCGCGUAAAGCGAGUGAAAGGGAUCACAAAUAUCAAUCGGUUAUGCGAUCUCUGGUCAGACGGUAUAUAACGAGCGAACAGCGGAUACAAGAGAGACAAAGGGGUGUCACUGAAGACGAUUGCAACGAAAUUAAACAAGACAUCAGUGCUCUUAGAUAUGAAUUGCUGGAAAUGCUCGGCACUAAUAAGGGCAAAGACGGGACGUCCACAUCGGUUGGCAAACGGGGCCGACAGAGGGAGAGGCGACUGAUGAAGGGCUUCAACUUUGACUUCUUAAUGAUGGAUCGGGUGACCAGUUUUGAGGACGACUUUGACUACGAGGCGACGCCAUCGCCGCGAUCGCCAAAUAAGCUCAAGUCUUCGUCGUCGAGAAGUCGUUUCUCUCGGCUGGCGAGGGGUUUGGCGGCCAAACGCCGGGGCGGCAAUCGGUGGCGACAGUUGAUCGAAGCGACCCGUAAUAAAGUGAUGCCUUUCUCGCGAAGCCAAGAGUCGAUGAAUAGCGAAACCAUUGGC